AGCCUGAGUUCAAAGUACAGCUUCUCUACCUCUCUCUUACUAUUUUUUUCCCCUUGAUCUUUUGGGUAGAUCAGAGUUCCUUUUUAGCAUAUCAAAAAAUUGAGUUUUUAUUAUCUCACGUUAGAAAAUUUUCUUUUGUUCUUGAAUUUGGAAACCCUUUUGUGAGUUCUGUAAGAAUUUGAACUGGGAUUUUUUAGUUUAAUUUAUGUUUGGCGUGGAUUACUGUGAGAGUCUGCAGUUGAAGGUAAGUUUCUCGACUGGGACGGACUGGGACGGGUUAGGCGAACACACCGGAUAAGCAAGAAUGAAUCAACCCAAACUUAAGCGAAAAAUAGGGAAGUACGAGGUUGGAAGGACAAUUGGUGAGGGCACAUUUGCGAAAGUUAAAUUUGCUAGAAAUUCUGAGACUCAGCAACCUGUGGCUCUCAAGAUCCUUGAUAAGGCAAAGAUCCUCAAGCACAAAAUAGCUGAACAGAUAAAGCGGGAAGUAGCAACGAUGAAGUUGAUAAAACAUCCCAAUGUUGUCCGCUUGUAUGAGGUGAUGGCGAGCAAGACAAAGAUAUUUAUUGUUUUGGAAUUUGUCACUGGGGGAGAGCUCUUUGACAAAAUUGUAAAUCACGGACGGAUGCGAGAGGACGAAGCAAGAAAAUAUUUUCAGCAACUUAUUAACGCCGUGGAUUAUUGCCAUAGCAGGGGAGUCUACCACAGAGAUCUAAAGCCUGAAAACCUAUUGUUGGAUGCCUCUGGGAACCUUAAAAUUUCGGAUUUUGGUUUGAGUGCUCUGUCUCAGCAAGUGAAGGAUGAUGGUUUGCUUCAUACUACCUGUGGAACUCCAAACUAUGUUGCUCCCGAGGUUCUAAAUGACCAUGGCUACGAUGGGGCAACUGCGGACUUGUGGUCGUGUGGAGUCAUACUCUUUGUAUUGCUUGCAGGUUACUUGCCUUUUGAUGAUUCAAAUCUUAUGAACCUAUACAACAAAAUCUCUUCUGCUGAAUUCACUUACCCUCCUUGGAUAUCCUUCAAUGCAAGGAAGCUGAUAACUCAAAUCCUGAAUCCAAAUCCUACGACCCGCAUUACAAUCCCUGAAAUUUUGGAGGACGAGUGGUUUAAGAAAGAUUAUAAGCCACCUGUAUUUGAUGAGAAAGAAGAUGCAAAUUUGGAUGAUGUGGAAGCUGUAUUUAAGGGUUCUGAGGAAUAUCUUGUGACGGAGAAAAAGGAAGAGCAGCCUGCAACCAUGAAUGCAUUUGAGUUGAUUUCUAUGUCGAAAGGUCUCAACCUGGGGAAUCUGUUCGAGGGAGAACAGGAGUUUAAGAGGGAAACAAGGUUCACGUCUAGGUCCCCUGCCAAUGAGAUAAUCAAUAAAAUUGAAGAAGCUGCAAAACCUCUCGGUUUUGAUGUUCACAAGAAGAAUUACAAGAUGAGGCUAGAAAAUAUAAAAGCCGGAAGAAAGGGAAACCUUAAUGUUGCCACAGAGGUUUUCCAAGUUGCCCCGUCUCUGCAUAUGGUUGAGGUGAGAAAGGCAAAGGGAGAUACUUUAGAGUUCCACAAGUUCUACAAGAACCUUUCAACUUCCCUUGAGGAUGUAAUUUGGAAAACCGAAGAGGACAUGCAAGAAAUGAAGUAGAACUGUUGCUGUCGAAUGAAGAGAAUGAGCUUCAGUUUCUGGUGUCGACUGCCUUGUAGCGGUGUAGGAGCUCUAUUUCUUCGAUAUUUUGGCUUCCUUUCAUGGGAAUUUUUUCUUCUAUGAGGGAAUUGAGGUUUAAAGUUGUUUCCAAUGGUUGCUUGGUGUAAACUGUCAAGGACAACAUAGAUAGAUCUUGAAAAGUUUCUAAUCCUUGGCAAAUGCAUUCUCAACUGUAAAACGGGACUCGUGUGUAAUUUGGUAAUACUGAAAUGACUUGUUCUUCUGAACAUAAAGUUGUAAUAGCCUUGGGAUGUAUUUCUAGAGGCCAGGUUUAUGCGUUCAUUAAAAUAAAAAUAAAAAAACCUCAUUUUACCAAGAACAAA